AGACAUCAUCCAACGAUGACAACAUCUGGACAAUUGGUUGCUGGUACUGCCGUUGCACUCUGCGGAGUUGCUAUUGUUCCAGCUAUUUUUGCCGCACUGUUUGUCCUUCACGACAUUAAUUCCUUCCAAUCAGGAGUAUAUGAGGAUCUUGCUGAAUUCAAAACUCUUGCUGAAGAUGCUUGGACUACAAUGGUUCCACGUGAAGAUGCUGUUCAACCAUUCGAGACCUUCCUUAAAAGAUUCAGAAGAGGAUAUGGAGAUGCUGGAGUUGCUGGAUCUGCAUCCGGUUCUUCUGGUUGCAAUUGUGGACCACAACCAAAGGAUUGUCCAGCUGGACCACCAGGACCACCAGGAAAUCCUGGAACCCCAGGAGAUGAUGGACCAGCUGGAAGAGCUGGAAAUCCAGGAAGUGACUCAACUGAAGGGGAUCGUAUGGCUGACUUCAAUAAGGAUGUGAAGUGCCCAGCUGGACCACCAGGACCACCAGGACCAAAUGGAUUCCCAGGACAUCCAGGACCAGAUGGAGAUUUUGGAGUUGAUGGAACAAAUGGAAAAGAUGGAGAACCAGGACCAGAUGGACCAGAAGGAGAUGAAGGAACUCCAGGACUUCCAGGACCACCAGGAGAGGACGGACCAGUUGGACAGAACGGAACUCGUGGACAAGGACAACCAGGACCAGUUGGUGCACCAGGAGCUCCAGGAGGACCAGGAAGAGAUGGAGAACCAGGAGAGAAUGGACAAGAUGGACAACAAGGACCAGAAGGGCCAGCUGGAGCUGAUGGACAACCAGGACAUCCAGGACCAGACGGACCAUCAGGGGAUGUUGGAGAGGUUGGAGCUCCAGGAGCUGAUGCUGCCUAUUGUCCAUGUCCACCAAGAUCCGCUGAGAUGGCUGCAACUGGAUCAUCCGACUCCCAACCAGCGUCUUAUGAAGCUCCAGCUCCAGCAGCAACAAAGGGAUAUGAUUCUCCAGCUCCAGCAGCACCAAAGGGAUAUGAUGCUCCAGCUCCAACUGCUCCACAUCCACCACCACCAGCUCCAGUUGCUCCACCAAAGCUUCACGAUUAUGAAUCGCCAGCUCCAGUUGCUGAUGCUCAUGAUGCUGCUCCAGCUGCCCAGCCAUAUAAGAGAAGAAAGGUGGCCAGAGCUCAUAUGGUUUAAUUUAUGGAAUUUUUAUAAAUGUCAAGAAUUUAUUUUUACAUUAAUAAAUUAUUUAUUGCA